AUGCACAGCGAGUUCUACAUUGUGGAGAGAACUGGGGGCGCGUACAGCACCCUGCACCCGAUCACCAGAAUGAGGAUAGUGGAGAUGGGAAACGAAGUCCUCUACUCAGAGCUGCUCGUUGACAAAGAGGGAAGAAUACCAAUAUUCAACCUAAUAAACAGAAACAGUCAAGGGAGCAAAAAAGGAGUCAUACUUAUAGAGAGAGACCGGUACCGGCCAGGAAGAGAGUACUUUUUGGAGAAAGAGGCGAGACCGCGUGGAGACGGUCUAAACAUAUGCGGGAGUAUAUACGUCCUGAAAUACAGGCCUGUUUCUGCGUCGUACAGCAGGGCGUGCUUCAGCGAGGCGCAGAUUCACUUCCGGAGCGAAGCCCCGCCCGCAGACAGUCCCCAGGAGGCAAGAACAAGCGUAUACCCGGAGGGACACAAUCCAGACAUGCUCAGCAUCAUCACAGCAGAGCACACGAGAAGAGUAACGGAAAUUCACACUAAAAUCAUCAGCAGCAACGGGGAGAUUCGGUAUAUACAGGCCGUGCAUGGAGUGAGAAUAUGCAAUGGCAUCGAGAGAAGUGCGUCUGUUGUUUCAAUGAGCGACGUAAUUACGAGCGACAUGACAGUGCGUUUGAUCAGCAAGUACAAUACGUACGUUACAACGGGGCUUCGGGAGGUUGUGGACAAGCAAAAGCACACGCCCAGGGAGAGUAACUACCUCCUGCAGGAAAUGCAGGUAGGAAAUCCCGGGAUAAAUUCUCCGUCUUUCUACUACGAUCUGGUCUACCACGUUCUUCUGGAGCACAGAAUCAUCAUGAUAUCGCAGAGUCAUGCCUGCAUAGUGAAUGUGAUGCAGAGUCUUUUAGCGUGCAUUCUGCCGUACAAGUGGAGGGGAGUGCUCGUGGCAAGCACCCCGGAGGAGCCAGAUGCGCCCUACAAUAAGCUCGUGGAGACGACUAUCCCGUACAUUAUAGGGAUUGUUGCGAAUAGACCGGAUGUUAAAAGCAUCAACAAAAACGUACCUGAAAAGACGGUUAUUGCGUAUUUGGAGGAGGAGAGAAUAGUCAUACACACGUGCUCAAAGGAAAAGCGGGGGGUUCUCAACAAAAUGUACCGGAAUGUGCAGAACCGCCGGUCUCUCCCCUUCUACCAGGGAAUAGUGAAGAGAAUGGAUUUUUCCUGGCCCUCCAUGAAGGAGCAGAUGAACAUAUUAAUGGAGGUGAUCAGCACGGAGGCUGCAACUGCGCGCGAGAAGGUGAUUCGGCAGCUUGUUUUUGAGAGGAACUCCGAGAGACUGCGGCACUUCAUCAACGGGCACACAGACCACGCGAAGGACAUGCUGCGGUACCUGCCCCGAAACAAGGAUUUCUACUCGGACUUCCUGGGGACAGCUCUUUACAACGACGGAGUCCAAAACGAGUACACGCGAGAGGUGAAGGAGGACGGGAUUGAGACAAAAGAGCUCGUUACGAUCGUGUGGGUGCUCGCGUACGUCUCCCUGGAGGGGGUCAAAGCAGCACCGAAUUUCUCGGAAAUUGCGUUUAUAGUGGAGGCCUACAUCACAGAGUACAUGAAUAGGGCGUAUGCAGCAGCAGAUGCCUUGCUGAUAGGGCUUUUCAGCGUGUUUUCCUUCCUGGGGAUGUACGAUCUGAUCGUGUACGUGGGAGCUCUUCUCCGGAAAAAGGGCGUGGAGAUAACGGACGAAAUGUGCAAUGCCCUGGGCCCGCAGGCAAGCGCAGAAACCCUGCAGGAACUGCGCACUGCCGGGUCGUACAUGCGCCCGUGGGAGAGAGAGAAGUCCCGGAAGGCACCGCCCAACGGCAGAGAAAGCGCAAAAGAAAGCUUCCGGGAAAUAUGGAAGAGAAUGCCUUUUGUGCACGGGAAAAUACUCAACACCCUCCGAAAGUGCGUCUGCCUGCGGGAAGAAGCCGCCACAGAAGAGGCCCGAGAGCACAUAGAAGUGCUUCUGCGCGCGUACGACGAGUAUGAGCUUCCGUACUAA